UAUGUAGGAUAAGUGAUAAUUUAUGUAUUUAGAAUAAGAAUUUAUGUACUAUGUAAAUAAAGGUUUUGGACAACCAGAAGUGAGUCUUUUGCCGAAAUUCUCUUCGCGGGUGUUGUGUUUUAAAUUAAAUUUGCGUUGGCGUGCAGAUAUAAGGCUAGCCAUUUCUAAUAUAUUCUGGUCGCAAAAUUUGUAAAAAUGGAAACUUAUGUAUUUGAAUUUUAAGAAAAUAAGGCCUUUAGCAAAAUCGGCUAAAACGGCUAUUUUUUUGCCAGAUGACUAACGAAUCGGCUGCCGGCCAAACCAAACCGGAUAAAUGUAGCCGGGAAACGGAUAAACUGCCAACACUGGUGUUAACCGUCGUAAAAUCUUAAGCUUAACAUUUUUUCAUGUAAAAUAAUGAUUAAAAUGGUUUUAGAGGAUUUCUAACUACAUCGCAAUGUUUUCAAACUUGUAAAAAAUAUGUAAUUAGCCCCCUUCCCCCUGAAAACAUUUUAACCAUUAUUUUAUAUAAAAAAUGUUAAGCUUAAGAUUUUAAGACGGUUAACACGUCUUGCGAACCCCCUAAUUGUGUGAGCGCCAAUCUAUUUAUGUUUCUUGUAUCCGAAGACAACUAUACUUCAUUAGAAACCAAUAUCUUAGAAUAUGUGCACACUUUUUUGAUUGUCUUAAAACCAGUUCUUUGUGCUUUGAUUUUAUUAAAUAAUCAACUUAAGUCAUAAAAUGAAACGAAAUAUGGUGUUAUACAUAUUAAGCAGUAAUAUAUGUAUUUUCAGUUGUUUUAGUAAGGCAAACAGAGUCACAUCUAAUUUUAAAAUAUUGAAGAUUAUUCUGCUUUUUGCUCUCGUUAUGGUUGCAAUCGCAAAUGAGGAAGAUGUUCACGCAGAAUUAAGAUCUGAUUACCGAAAAAUCGACGACCAAGGCCACUUUAACUAUGGCUAUGAAGCAUCGAAUGGAGUGGAAGCUAAGGUACAAGGCGAUGUAAAUGGAAUUCAGGGAGAAUACUUUCUUCCAGGCGAAAAUGGCAAGAAAAUACGCGUUACAUAUACAGCUGAUUCCACCGGAUUUCAUCCAAACGUCGAGAAAAGCUAAAUUUGAAAUUAGGAGUAAAUCUUACAAAUAUAUAUGUACAUAUCGUUGGUUAUCUAUACUAUCUAUACUAAUCUAUACUAAUUAUAUAAAGAGAAGUCCCUUCUUUUGUAACAGGUAAUCUCGCGAAC